AUAUUAUCCGUCAACCGUAUCAAAGUUUUUGUAACGACACAAAUCAAGUUGCUAGCUCCCAUUUCAGCUGGUGAUACCUGCAAAUUUGGUGAUAAGGUAGCUAGGUGAUGAAUAGUCACUCGAUCAUGGUGGUACCGUCGGUGUUCGCCGCCUUCGACAAGGACGGCGACGGCAAGGUGUCCGUGUCCGAGCUGCGCUGCUGCAUGGCGGCGUCCUUGGGCGAGGACAUAUCCGAGGAGGAGGCGGCCGUGGUCCUGGCGGCGGUGGAUGCCGACGGUGACGGGCUGCUAAACCAAGAAGAGUUCUCGAGGCUAGCCGCCGGUGCCCACGAAGAGGACGACGUGAGGCGAAGAUGCCUGAGGGAGGCGUUCGGGAUGUACGCGUCGUCCUCCACGGAAGACACGACGACAACGAUGAUUACGCCGGCGAGCCUGAGGCGGACCCUGAGCAGACUGGGGUCGCACGAGCUCGGCGUGGAGGAGUGCAGGGCAAUGAUCUGCAGGUUCGAUCUCGACGGCGACGGCAAACUCUCGUUCGACGAGUUCCGGGUCAUGAUGAUGGCCUGAUCAUCGACUCUCUUCUUGGCAUUUUUCUAGACAGAUAUAAUGUUCAAUUAAUUCAUCGAUCGAUCACAUAUGUAUGUAGUCAUGUGUUCAUUCAUUCAUUGUUUUGCCCGGAGAUCGCUAGUAGGAGUAUGUUAUAGUAGUAGUUGUCCAGAUGAAAAGAUGAUAUAUGUGCAAUCUCCUCGAAAUAAGUUUUCGUCCCGCUUUAUAAAUAAAAAAAUUGUUUAUACUUUUUUUAAAA